CCCAUUGAUCACUCACUUUUACCUUUUUCACUAUUAUCAUACAAGCUGUAUUACUGCUACAGUGAUACUUCUAGCUUUGUUUAACAGGGCUUCAGAAAGUUUAAGCCGGAGCCGAAGGUGGAAGCAGUUGGAAGCUGUCUACACCAUUGGAAUGCUUGGGAACGGGUGUUGGCUCUCUCUAUAUCAUCGGCUUGGUCAUUGUUACAGCUGGAGCCAGCCCAUUAUAUGAAAGAAAGAGCCUGGUUUCAUAAGCAAUCUAACGGGAGAAAAAUUAAUUAUGGGGGAAGGAAGAAAGUGUCUGCACAAGAAAUAGUGACAUCUUUGUGGGGUCGACUCGGUAAGAAACUGCAAUGGGGUAUCUUCGUCAAACUAGGCAAUAAAAAGGGCAGGGGAGUGUUGUUGUGGGGACUCUCCACUACUUUAACAAAAGCUCGAUCGAUCAAGGAGCCUCCUCUCCUUCCUUCUCUCAUAUCAUCAUCACCUCUCAACUCCUGCCAGUGGUGCAGACCAUCAUGUUUAUUCUUUCCACUUUCUUCUUGUUCUUAUAAUCCUUUCUUUCUAAGUCCCCUGGAGGGCGAGAAUGGCUCUUGUAGUUAGGCAGCACAAGGAAGAGAACUAUGUGAAGAGCAAGAAGAAGAACAACAAGAGAAGCAUGUCUGUUCCUGGGAUCAGUAGCCUGGCUUCCAUCGAGUCAUUGUCCAUGCCUCUUGUCCAGGAGGUGGUGAUAUCAGCAGAUAUCCAGUGUGCACAGUGUCAAAGGAGAGUAGCUGAAGCUAUCUCCAGAAUGAGUGGGACAGAGUCAGUAACAGUAAACCUGGUGGAGAAGCAGGUGACUCUCACUUGUACAUACCCAGGACCAGGACCAGGAGGUGGUGGCAGAGUUGUUUACAGGAACCCUUUAAGCAGAAUUGCCAUUAUCAGCAGGCGCAUUUUGGGUUCUUCUUCUUCUUCUUCUUCUUCUUCCAAGAGGUAUUGAAGAAAAGGAGAGGGUAUAUUCAUCUUGGAAACACAUUCCCACCUCUGUAACCUUUCUGAGUAAUGGAAGCAGCUAAAGUAGGAAUGGGGGUACAUAUAUAAAUGCAUUCUUGUAAAGCAUCUUGGCCUAAUCAUGUAUAUCUGAUCUUGUGUUAAUUCAAUGAUGGCACAUGCUUCUCCUUCCCAAAAACUAAGAAGAACAAAC